AUGAUAGAAUAUUCAACUAAAAAAGAAAGUGAUAUACCACUUUAUUUAUUUACUUAUAACUGUAACAAACGAGUUAUAGAUGCUAAUGUAUUUAAAUCCAAAGUAUCACAAUCAUUACCACCAAAAGACAAUCCUUCCCAUUUAUAUGUAUUUGCUCUUCAAGAAUUCUGUACUAUCCUUGAUGGUUCAUUCAAAGCAUCAGCAAAUCAACAGUUAAUAGCCUAUAAUGAAUUACUCCAAAUUAUGUUAUUCGAAGAAUAUGGGACAGAUCAUUUCCAAACUAUUGCUAUUAAUCACACAGGAGCAAUUGGAUUAAUCAUUAUAUCCCCUUACCCACUGAAAUUCCAAAAUGUCAGAUUAGCAAACACUUCUUGUGGAUAUGGAUAUAGUUCAAUGAAAGGUGGGGUUGGAAUUAGGUUGAAAUACUAUCCUGAUGGGAAGUAUGGAGAUAACUCAGUAGAAUUGAGUUUUGCAGGAAUUCAUUUAAAUGCAUAUGAAGGUGAAUAUUAUUAUUUACAAAGAAAUGCCAAUUUGUUAAGAAUUGCCAGAAGCCUAAAUUUUGGAGACGGAUAUGGGUUGAUCAAACCAAACAAUCAUGUUUUUAUUUUGGGAGAUUUAAACUAUAGAACAACCAAGGAUUACAAGAAAACCUCGGUUGUGGCCCAGAAUUUAUUAUCAUUAGCUGACCAGCAUAGUGAGUUCAACAAUGAGUAUAUUAAUCAAUUGUUUGUCCAAUACGAUGAGCUUCAUAAUGCAUUGAAAAAUGGAGAAGUAUUAUUCGGGUUUUCUGAAGGUAAGGUUGAUUUCAAACCAUCAUACAAGUAUUAUAUAAACACCGGUAUCUACAACUCGAAACGAUGUCCAUCGUGGUGUGAUAGAAUAUUGUUUUUGUCUACAUAUGAAACGAUAGGUAAUGAUGAUUUGGGAUUACAAUUGUUGAGAGCAAAAGGUAAGGACUCAAAACAGAAAAAUGAAGGACUCCCCGUGGUGGGGAAAUAUGAUUGUAUUGAUGAAUUAUUAGUAUCUGAUCAUCGUCCUGUAUUUGCACAUAUUGAGAUACCAUUUGCACCCCCUAAACUGAUUAUAUCACCAAUGUCCGGUUGUUUAGAAAUAGUUUCAACAGGGUUAACUCUGGACGAAUCAUUCUCGGAGCUUGAACAAUUGCAGGGAAUCGAGAAUAGUACGCUUAUAGAAAGUGGUCCAACUUCUAUCUACUUGAAACCAACAAAAUUAGACCUUCUAAUCCAUACAAUUGUUACGCCCUUUAUGGAUACCACCAUAGGGUUUGGACUUUGGUUUGGAACCACAAGCGAGGGAAGAUUGGUGUUGUUGAUAUUCAUUUUGUUAACUUUUUCAUUGUGGUAUCUUUUCUAG